CCUGAGCGGAGUCCCACUAGCUGUCAGUCCGCCCGGCCGAGCUGUGGUCCAGCUUCGUACUGUUAGCAAAAAUGAGCGACAAAGGUCUGUCAGACGAGGCAGCGGCAACAGCUUGUAAAGAUGGAGACCCUAUCACCAAGGAUUUCAUGAUGCAGCAGACUAUGCUGCGGGUUAAAGAUCCAGUUAAAUCUUUGGAUUUCUACACCAGAAUCCUCGGCAUGACGCUCCUGCAAAAGUUUGACUUCCCAUCCAUGCGCUUCUCCCUCUUCUUCUUGGGCUAUGAGGACAAGAAGGAGAUUCCUACAGAUGUGAAGGAGAAGACGGCCUGGACCUUCUCUAGAAGAGCCACCAUUGAGCUGACACAUAACUGGGGCUCAGAGUCUGAUGAGAGCCAGUCUUAUCACAACGGAAACUCAGAUCCACGUGGCUUUGGACACAUUGGAAUUGCAGUUCCUGACGUCUAUGCAGCCUGCAAACUGUUUGAAGAACAAGGGGUCACAUUUGUCAAGAAGCCGGAUGAUGGUAAAAUGAAAGGCUUGGCCUUCAUCCAGGACCCGGAUGGUUACUGGAUCGAGAUCCUGAGUCCUAACACUAUGGUGUCCAUUACCUCCUAAAAACUCUGACAUCAUGCUACCUGCUGCAGUGCGCAUACAGGCCAGACCUGCUGUCGCUUCACUGGGAGAGCAGAACGUUGGGGUUUAGCAAAGAAUUUAGCAACAUGCGCCGGAAAGCUGAGGGAAAAUGGAGCAGGAUCACGUGCACACUGGCAGUCAGUGUGCCCUGCUACGGGCUGGACUAAUAUUGGACAGUUGAUGAGCAAACUGAUUAGAUACCUGAGUUAUUGCUACGAAUAGCAACUACUUUGUGUAGCUGUUGAGCUUGUCUACAAUCGUCAGUUUGUAUGUGUCUUCAAAAAAUGAUUCUGAAACAAAGUGGUAUUAGUGUCUAAUAAAUGUGAAAGCCACUGUUCAAAUGGCGAGAAUCUGUGAUUUCUUUCAUUCUGAGAGACAAUUCGGAGAGGAAUCAAGACGUAGCAGCCAGAUUUCUAGCAAACAAGUAAAGGUAAGGUAAGGUGACCUGCGUCUUUGCUACAGUUCAAUCAUAAAGGAAAAAAAUGUGAUUUAUAGUUUUUAACACUUUGAUUUUCAUUAUCAUUUAUUAUUCUUAAGUAAAACCUGAAGCAAUCUAUUCUCACAUGUUUAAAAAUAUUAUUCACGUGGUUGCUACACCACCUCCAUCAGCACAACUGUUUCCACUAUUAGCUAACAUCAUUUUGAAGGACAGGAGGCCAUUCUGCUUUGAUUAAAAGUAAAAGUCAGGCCUAGAAAAAGAGAAAUU